AUGUCGCCUCACCAUCCGAAGGGUUUGGACGGCUCUUAUAUGCUGGCGUUUGGGACCGGUUCAACAUGGCGAAAGGAGGAUCCUGAGACUCUCAACACUGGACUUAUUGAAAUUGUGAAGGAUGCGCUGCAAUCUGGCUAUCGCCACCUGGAUACAGCCGAGCUCUAUAACACGGAGAGGGAAGUCGGAGAGGCGAUAAGGCAAUCCAGCGUGCCUGUCUCAGAGAUUUAUAUCACUGGGAAAGUUUUCACUAUGUCGGACAUCUCAGGAGCAUUUAGCCGCUCUUUGCAACGACUAGGCGUUGAUUAUAUCGACCUGUAUCUGCUCCAUUAUCCUUACUUCGCGAAAUCCAAUGCCGAUCUUCAGGCGGCAUGGGCCGAGCUCGAGGCAAUAUACGACUCCGGGAAAGUCGGCGCCAUAGGCGUCUCCAAUUUCACUGAAGACCACAUCGCGACGAUAUUGGAAACUGCAAGGAUCAGGCCGGUGUGCAACCAGAUCGAGUUGAACCCAUACCUCCCACGGAUUCGGCUGCAGGAGUAUCACAAGAAGCAAGGCAUACAGACGUUUGCCUUCUCACCGUUAUCGCCAAUUGUGAGAGCGACUCCAGGCCCCUUGGAUAGUGGAUUGGAGUCCAUCGCAGAGAAACAUGGAGUAAGCACAGCUGUUGCAUUGAUACGAUGGGCGUUGCAGCAAGGGAUUGCAGUGGUGACAACAUCAACUGAGAAAGCUCGUAUGAAAGAUCAUCUGCUCGCUCUGAAUGUAUCGUUGUCAGAUGAAGAAGUAGCACUGAUCAGUAAAGUGGGUGCAGAAAAACACUUCAGGGGCCGCUGGAAUGAUAGAUUUGCUGCAGACGACCGGACCUGA